ACUUUAGUGAAGAAGAAGGUCCAUUAGUUAUAUUAACAUCAACUUUAACUUGGACCGUGUAGUACAAAAUAAAACUGUUUCUGUUUACAAAAUUCCUCUAUGACAGAAUUAAAAGCAAAGAUAUCUAAAAUAAGUUUCUUGAUUUAUUAUUUAUUGUGUUAUUGAUUUUAAGUUGAUCGACAUAAAUACGUUGUUUAUACGCUAAGAUAUUUAAGAAGCUGUGCUGAAAAGGCUUUAAAUAAAAUGAUUAACUGGAGUAAAUGUCCAAAAGUUGAUUUGUAAAGAAAAGCCUUGUUAUAAAUUGCACGAAGAAAAAAUUAGUCUCAAAUGAGGAAAUUUUCAUCAAUAAUAUAAAUUGGAAUCAUACUGUGUAAUUAAAAAAAUUUAAUGAUUCCUGCCCUCUAGUAUAAGUAAAAAAAUUAUUACCUCAUUUUGAAAAAAAAAAAAAUCAUACAUUUUGUCUUGAAAGUUCACGGAUAAAAUCUACUUUCUGUUCUAUUCUUGUAAGUAAAGUGAAUUUAUCCAUACUGAGCAUAUAUUAAAACAUUCUUAGUUAACUAUAAUACCACUUAUCAUUUUAGACAGUGUUACUUGCAGAAAAUCUUACUUAAUUAUCUAUUUUUAUGAUUAUUAAAUUAUUUUAAUCUUAAAUUUAUCUUUGUGCCUGCUUCAAACUUUGCUAUUGUGAUCAGUAAAAAAUUGUUAAUCAUGAUGAUAAAUUCUAAUAACAUGUAUUGCUUAAAUUUUUUGUUUACACUGAAUUGAAGCUGCAUGUGGACGAACAAAAAAAAAAAAAUAUGUGCAUCGUAAGAUUGGCUUUUCCUUCCAUGAUUCUUAAUAUUGAUUAUGUAUGAUUAUAUCCAGCAUUUAUGUCUAAUGCAUCUUAAUAAUAAUAACUGAAUCAGGUUCAGUCGAAAGAAUUACUUGAGAUUGUGUGCUGUUUUAAUGAUGUCUUUUGAAUAUGAAUAACAAUUUAAAUAUUUCUGUAGCUUUUGAUAUUCUACAGAAAGAAGCUCUUGUAAAGUUGGAUAGGUCUUCUGAUCAAGCAUUACUAGCUCAGAUAAACAUCACAUGUUAGAGUUAUAUAAUAAGAGUUAGAGUUAUAUCUAAAGGUGAUACGAUGAAUUUUUCAACAAAGAGUGACCUACCUGAUGAGAAGACUUAUUCUUGUAGUGUAUGUAAUCAGAGUUUUUCCAAGAAGCACCAUCUAACUGUUCACAGAAGUGUUCAUAAUGGUUCUUAUUCUUGUACUGUGUGUAAUGUGAGGUUUUCAAAAGAGCGUACUCUUGCCAACCACCAUCGUAUUCAUACGGGUGAGAAACCUUUUUCUUGUAGCGUGUGUAGUAAGAGCUUUUCUCAGAAAAAGUAUCUAGUCAAACACUUUCAUAUUCACAGUAGUGAGAAACCUUAUUCUUGUACUUUAUGUGAUAAAAGUUUUUCACAAAAGAGUGCUCUAACUAAACAUAACAAUGUUCACAAUACUGAGAAAUCUUAUUCUUGUUGCAUAUGUAAUAAAAGUUUUUUACAUAGAAGUAAUCUCAUUGAACACAGUCGUGUUCAUACUGGAGAAAAACCUUAUUCCUGUAGUGUCUGCAAUAAGAAUUUUUCCCUUAAAAGUAGUCUAACUAAACACAGUUAUGUUCAUACUGGUGAAAAGCCUUAUUCUUGUAGUGUAUGCAAUAAGAGUUUUUCUCUGAAGAGUAAUCUUAAUAAGCACAAUCUUGUUCAUACUGGUGACAAACCUUAUUCUUGUAGCAUAUGUAAUAAGAGUUUUUCACACAUUGGAAAUCUAACUGCACAUAGCCGUGUUCACACUGGGGAAAAACCUUAUUCUUGUAGUAUAUGUAACAAGAGAUUUUCAUUCCUUGGAAAUCUAACUUCACAUAACUGGACUCAUUCUGGUGAAAAACCUUAUUCUUGUAAUGUAUGUAAUCAGAGUUUUUCUGCUAAAAAAAUCUUAACUGAUCAUGUUCGUGUUCAUACUGGUGAAAAACCUUAUUCUUGUAGUGUAUGUAAUAAGAGUUUUGCACAGAGGAGUACUCUAACGAAACACAGCUACAUUCAUAAUGGUGAAAAACCUUAUUCUUGUAGUAUAUGUAAUAAGAGUUUUUUACAGAAAAGUGAUUUGACUAAACACAGCUAUGUUCAUGAGAAGCCAUAUUCUUGUAGUACAGUCAACCCUGCUUAAAGGAAUACCAUCAAUUCCAGCCAUUCUAAGAAGUGGGUUAUUCAAUUGAUCAAUCUUAAGUUUUACUUUGAUGUAUAUUCUUUUGUAUAUUCUUUUGAAGAAAUACUCAUGUAAUGAUCAAUAAGCUAUUAUAAUUAGAGUUAAUAGUGUUAGUAUUAUAAAGUAACAUUUAAUUUAUAAAAAUAAAUUAAUCAUGGUGUAUUGCUAAAUAACGAUGUUGCUGUAAAUAAUGUUGAAAUAGGACAUUUACAGACAAGCAGGUUGACAUUCUUUGCUAAAAUAACAUUUAAAUGUCAAGUAUUUAUUUACAUGUUAAAUGGUGUUGUAAUAUGUAAAAACAUAUUUAAGAAACAAAAUUUGAUAUUUUUCAAUUGUUUAUUGGAAACAUUAAUUAUUAGUCAAAAAAGGUUUCUAUGAAAUAAUUUUGAAUGGUUUAGUUGUUUUUAAUUUGUAGCUUAUAAUAUUAUUUGACCUUUUGUUUCACAUAAACAAAAUAGGAAUCAAUUCAAACAACAACAACAAAAAAAGAAAACUUUUUUUGCUACUUUUUGGCAAUGAUUUGACUUUUGAUUUUGGCAAUAAAAAAAUUAGCAUUUUUAGCUAAAACUUGCGACAAAAAAAAAAAUUUUUUUUUAUAUUCAGAAACCAAAAAGCCUAACUCAAAACCUUACAACAAACUUAGAAAAUAAUCAAUCUUGUAAUUUAUGGUUACAGUAGCUGAUGACGUUCGAAGUGAAUAAACAUAGUAUCUAUUUCAUUUUAUUUUAUAACCGUCGUUGAACAACCGACCCAAAUUUCUUUGGAUUUAUGACUACGAAUGUUUAACUCCGUAGCCUUGUAAUUUUAAACCCAAUCCAGAAGACAAGUGAACUCCUGGAUCAAGAAAUCGCCUUUGUGGAGGACUCUUUGAUGGAACAUUUUGCGUUACAUGGAGAG